UGGUGGAGUGCUGUUUUUUCACUCAUGCAAAACUCCUCAUCGAGGCAGAAGCUAGGUUGUCCCUGGUCCAGCCUCGAUUUUGGACAUGCCCUAAAUGCCUGAACCUCAAGUUUGUGCUUUGCCUUGUUUCAGUGGGGUUCUUGGGAAGAAAUGAAGUUCCUGCUCCUCUCUUUUUGGCAAACUGUUUUAUUUCUAUCCCUCUCUCUGGUGGCAGUCAAUCUUAAGGUAGGCCAUAGGACAGGAUGGUUUGCUGUUCCUCCUUCAGUGGGUUUUUUCUUCUGUAACAGAUAACCUUUGUCACAGAUUGGAGGGCAUGAGAGUUUCCUGCCUCAAUCCCAGAGGCAAAACUGCUUUUGCUUUGGAUAGCAGAAGGGUCAGUGGAGGUGGGAGGGCAAGUAUUCCUUCUUCUUUCUCAGGGACAGUCUACCACGACCAACUGCUUUCUUCCCUUAAGCAAAGAUCUGGUAAAUGGGUAUAGAUUCCCCUUGUUUCUUAGGCUUCUAAGGUUUCUAAACUGUUAAGCUUCCCUUGGCCUUUAAGAAUUCAUUAAAAUUUCAAGUGUUUCUAUCUUCCUUUAUGACUGCUCUUUCUUCCUUCUGUGCUCUUUGAAAAGUAAAAUGGUUUGUGUGUCCCAUCCUUUUUCUGAGGGGCUUGUUGUCCUUUAGAAUCAAUUUGCCUAGUUUCUUUACAAUAACCACAGCUAUAGAAAUGUAGUUCUCUGAUGAAAAAAGUAUUUUUUCAUAUUAUCCAGCUUUGUUGUUGUUGUUAUUAUUGGAGUGGGGGUUACAUUUUAUUUGGCUUUCUAUAUUCUGGGUAGAAGCAAAAUUCCCAGUACCAUUCAUUUUUAAUGGAGUUGUCUUUUCCGCUCUGCACCCAAGCAGUACCUAUUCUGGUUUUGAAGCACAAGAAUAAGAGCCCACCACUCCCCACUGUCUUUCCUAUCUCCUAGGAUUCCUGUGGGUUUUUUUUGUUUGUUUGUUUGUUUGUUUGUUUUUACAUUUAUUAUCAUGAAGCAGUGUAGAGUCAAACUCAGGCUUCAGGUCAGUGGUUCUUAAUUCUUCUUUCCCUGGUCUACCAGGCCAGCACUAUUGGAGCAGCACAAAAUCUUGUUGAAGAGCUAAAUUGUUUUUGGCAACACAAUGUCUGAUCCAUAGGAGAGAAGACAGUGCCAUCUCUCCUGGAAAGUCACCCUCCACAUAUACAUGGCCUAAAGAGCUUAUAUAUCAGCCUAAGAAAAGAAAACCAAUAAGAAGUUGCAUUUUCAUUAAAAAAAGAAAGCCACGUUUCAUAUCCUACUACUCUUCGCUUACAUUCUUUCUCUUCAAUAAAGUUUUUAUACCUGAAAAAAUAAUCCUCUGGUUCUCGUGCCCUCAUUUAAGGUGGAAAAUAAUAAUCUUUUCUGUUCUUGAGUUGGGAUAGAGUUUCUAGGACAAUAAUUUCUAUGUGUAAAACACUUCACUUAAGGACAUUCAUUUGGACAUUGAUUUCUGAUCUUUGUGCCUCCAAAUCUUUUACUGUGGUGAAACUGUUUGUUUUUUUUUUUUUUUUUUUUGGUUUGUUUUGUUUUGUUUUUAAUGUCUUCUGCUCUCUCCUGGUCCUUCAACAAUUUUCAGGUUGUUUCUAGUGAGACUUUUCAGUUGGAAAGCCACCACAAUAAAGUAAGUCUGGGGAAACUGGGGACAGACAGUUCCACUUUUUUCCAUGCUUCCUAAUGAGUAUUAUUUAAUAAAUAAGUACUGGCAUUCUUUGACUGCCAUUAAAAUUACUCUGGUGCUCUUUGUCUGUGUUAGCAGUUAUCAAAAUCUAGUUUAAGCUUUUUUUUUUCCUUCCGCACGUGGAAGAAAAGACGGAAAACAGCUUGGAAGUUCUCAACCGUCAAUCUCCUGCGAGGACGUUUGCCUCCUGCCCUAGGAGAAACGUUCGCUCUGGAGGCUUGGGCUGCAAGAGCCCCUUGUGGCCACCGAGUCCUCCGACGUCCUCGCCAGGCUGGCCUUUGGGUUGGCCCAGGCAGGACGGGCUGCCGAGAGCACUCGAGCCGCGUCUCCAGGAGCCGCCCAGGGUGAGCCAUGUUCGAAGGCGUCGCCCGGCACCCUUGGGGCCAGGAUGAAGCCUCAAGGGAAGUAGAGCCGCGGGAGGCGGCGCGGGCCCGGCCUCCUAAGGACAGGAGAGCCAGGGGAACCCCGAAGUCCUCGAAGCCCGGGAAAAAAUACCGGUAUCUGAGACUACUUCCAGAGGCCUUGAUAAGGUUCGGCGGUUUCCGAAAAAGGAAAAAAGCCAAGCCCUCAGUUUCCAAGAAGCCGGGAGAAGUGGAUGACAGUUUGGAGCAGCCCUGUGGUUUGGGCUGCUUAGUCAGCCCCUGCUGUGAGUGUUGCAAUAACAUUCGCUGCUUCAUGAUUUUCUACUGCAUCCUGCUCAUAUGUCAAGGUGUGGUGUUUGGUCUUAUAGAUGUCAGCAUUGGCGAUUUUCAGAAGGAAUAUCAACUGAAAACCAUUGAUAAGUUGGCAUUGGAAAUGAGUUACGAUAUUUCAUCUGGCCUGGUAGCAAUAUUUAUAGCAUUCUAUGGAGACAGAAAAAAAGUAAUAUGGUUUGUAGCUUCCUCCUUUUUAAUAGGACUUGGAUCACUUUUAUGUGCUUUUCCAUCCAUUAGUGAAGAAAAUAAACAAAGGAAGGUAGGAAUUGAAGAUAUUUGCGAAGAAAUAAAGGUUGUCAGUGGUUGCCAGAGGAGUGGUUUAUCGUUCCAAUCAAAAUACCUGUCUUUCUUCAUCCUUGGGCAGACUGUGCAGGGAAUAGCAGGAAUGCCUCUUUAUAUCCUUGGAAUAACCUUUAUUGAUGAGAAUGUUGCUACACACUCAGCUGGUACCUAUUUAGGUAUUGCAGAAUGUACAUCAAUGAUUGGAUAUGCUAUGGGUUAUGUGCUAGGAGCACCACUAGUUAAAGUCCCUGAGAAUAGUACUUCUGCAACAAACACUACAGACAAUAAUGGUAGUCCAGAAUGGCUAUGGACUUGGUGGAUUAAUUUUCUUUUUGCCGCUGUCAUUGCAUGGUGUACAUUAAUACCAUUGUCAUGCUUUCCAAACAAUAUGCCAGGUUCAACACGGAUAAAAGCUGGGAAACGUAAACAGCUUCAUUUGUUUGACAGCAAACUUAAAGAUCUGGAACUUGGAACUAGUAUCAAGGAUUUAUGUGCUGCUCUUUGGAUUCUGAUGAAGAAUCCAGUGUUCUUAUGCCUAGCUCUGUCAAAAGCUACAGAAUAUUUAGUUAUUAUUGGAGCUUCUGAAUUUUUGCCUAUAUAUUUAGAAAAUCAGUUUAUAUUAACACCCACUGUGGCAACUACACUUGCAGGACUUGUUUUAAUUCCAGGAGGUGCACUUGGCCAGCUUCUGGGAGGUGUCAUUGUUUCCACAUUAGAAACGUCUUGUAAAGCCCUUAUGAGAUUUAUAAUGGUUACAUCUGUGAUAUCACUUAUACUGCUUGUGUUUAUUAUUUUUGUACGCUGUAAUCCAGUGCAAUUUGCUGGGAUCAAUGAAGAUUAUGAUGGAACCGGGCAGCUGGGAAACCUCACAGCUCCUUGCAAUGAAAAAUGUCGAUGCUCAUCUUCAAUUUAUUCUUCUAUAUGUGGAAGAGAUGAUAUUGAAUAUUUUUCUCCCUGCUUUGCAGGGUGUACAUAUUCUAAAGCACGAAACCAAAAAAAGACGUACUACAAUUGUUCUUGCAUUAAAGAAGGAUUAAUAACUGCAGAUGCAGAAGGUGAUUUUAUUGAUGCCAGACCCGGGAAAUGUGAUGCAAAGUGCUAUAAAUUACCUUUGUUCAUUGCUUUUAUCUUUUCUACACUUAUAUUUUCUGGUUUUUCUGGUGUACCAAUCAUCUUGGCCAUCACACGGGUUGUACCUGACAAACUGCGUUCUCUGGCCUUGGGUGUAAGCUACGUGAUUUUGAGAAUAUUUGGGACUAUUCCUGGACCAUCAGUCUUUAAAAUGUCAGGAGAAACUUCUUGUAUUUUACGGGAUGUUAAUCAAUGUGGACACACAGGACGUUGUUGGAUAUAUAACAAGACAAAAAUGGCUUUCUUAUUGGUAGGAAUAUGUUUUCUUUGCAAACUAUGCACUAUCAUCUUCACUACUAUUGCAUUUUUGAUAUACAAACGUCAUCUAAAUGAGAACACUGACGUCCCAGAUGUAACUGUGAAGAAUCCAAAAGUUAAGAAAAAAGAAGAAACUGACUUGUAACUGGAUCAUCAUUGUCAGGAUUGCAGAUCAUUUGAGGAUCAGAUUGUGAAAACGAGUUUCUCUUUUAAAGAUUCUCCAAGAUUUGUUUCUGUGCCCAACUUUCAGAAGAGGAAAAUCACACAUGGUGUUUACAUAAGUAGCAAAAAUAUAUUUAUGGUGAUCUGCAUUUUCAUAAUAAAAUGCCCUAUUGUG